AUGGAGGAAUUCUACGACAACAGCUCUACCACCUGCACCUUCGGCGACUACAGCUCUUUGAUCAACAACACCAACUUCCUUUCUCCACUCCCUCAGGGUGAAGAAGUCCGAACCUUGUACAUCACCGGUCUCCCAGCGGACAUCAAGCGACGGGAAAUUCGAGUCCUUUUCCGAAACGUUCCCGGAUAUGAGGGAGCGAUCAUCGCUGGGCCACCUGCUCACAAACCCCACGGACACCCGAUUGCCUUUGCAACUUUCACCACUGUCGAAGCUGCUAGAAGCGCAAUGAACAGCUUCAAUGGCUUCCAGCUUGACCAGGAAAGCACCUUGCGUUUGAAAAUCGAGUUUGCCAAGGCUAACACAAAAUGCAAUGUUCGACCGAGAAACGAGCUAUUUCCAAUGGGAAUUCGAGAAUUGGAUGAAGCACCGUACUUCUCCCUGUCACCGAAAGCCUCUCCAUACAGCAUGGCGGGUUCUCCUCCAGACCAACUUGCUCCUGUUCUUCGAGUUGCGCCUGUCUACCCAGUUCAGGAGCAUUUUUCCCCUCCGAUGAUUUCUCCCGCUCCUCAACCAGUUUUCUGCGUUUACGUUACAAACAUCAAGCCGGGACUAUCUCAAAUGGAGCUUGAGAGCGCAUUCAGCAGCUUUCCUGGGAUCGUCAUUUUGAGACAAUCUAUUAAUGCUUCGUGGCUCUGCAUUCAAAGCACCUCCUCGCAAGUUCUCGCGUACUUGUCCGACUGCAUCAGUCGAAAAUGCAUCGUCAACAACAUCGAGAUCGGCCUCUCUCCUGGAUUAAACGUCUUGGAUGUCUCUAGCACUUGA